CCUCAAGUCCCGACCAUUUCGGAUUUUAUUAGCGCGAAAAUAUUUAGUGUUAUGAUAACAAAAACGUUUUACAAAAAAGGAAACCUCAUAUUUCAGAGGUUUCCAUGCUUCAUAGUCGGACACUACCACAGAUUUUAUUGAUGAAAUGCCCGCCAGCACCCACCACCAAAUCACCAAUACUAUUAUUACCAUUACCAUUAUUAUCAUUACAACUAAAUCCCGUUAUUACCACUUAAACAACCACUUCUAUGUGCUUUCCCUCUUUCUUGUACCCCAUGGAACCAAUGAAAUUCUACCAACUAAAACUUGUAACACAAAGAGACGUACCUCUACCACAUUAAUUGCUCACUGUCUCUUCAACCCCACUCUCGAUCCUUCCCCUACAUACACAAGAUCUCUUCCCUGGUCCAUAUGUCCCUGAACGUUCUUCCCAUUUCCGCUGAGACACAACAAGAAAUUUAUCCUUUUCUCUAAUUUCCCCAUCUCUUUAUCUAAUUGGCAAUUACGCGCCACUAUCCAUUGCUAUUAUAACAAUACAGUCGUCUAACAAAAAUAAAAAGGUGUAUGGAACAUAAAAGAAAAAAGAGAUUCUUACCUGACUAAGUGACUAUAUAUAACCUUCCAAUCAUAGCUUAUAAACUCGCGCAAAUUUUUUGGUUCACUAAAAAUUCCUUGAGCACUCGAGCAUGUCAUUUUCGUGCACAAAUACAUUCUUUAAGCGCUUUUACACAGACGAGCUGAGAUUCGAUGGUGGCAGCAGCUAUGGCAGUGUUAUAUCAAAUGAUAUCCUACCAUCUCUUGGAGCUCGAAUGAACCAAGCUAUAAAACUCAAAAAACAUAUCAUCUCACCUUUUGAUCCUCGCUACAGGGCAUGGGAGAUGCUACUAGUUCUCCUGGUUAUUUACUCAGCAUGGAUCUGUCCAUUUGAGUUCGCGUUCCUCACAUUUGAAAGAGAUGCACUCUUCUUCAUUGAUCACAUUGUCAAUGUGUUCUUCGCCAUGGAUAUAGUUCUCACUUUCUUUGUUGCAUAUCUUGAUACCCGGUCUUACCUACUAAUCGAUGAUCAUAAGAAAAUUGCCAUCAGGUAUCUAUCCACCUGGUUUAUAUUUGACGUCUGUUCAACAGCACCCCUUCAAACAAUUAGCCUCAUCUUUACAGAACACAAUGGUGGACUAGGCUUCGCUGCACUUAAUAUGCUACGACUCUGGAGACUUCGAAGAGUCAGCUCUCUGUUUGCAAGGCUCGAGAAAGAUAUUCGGUUCAAUUAUUUUUGGACCCGCUGCACCAAACUUGUCGCAGUGACUCUGUUCGCUGUUCAUUGUGCUGGAUGCUUCUAUUACCUGAUUGCAGACAGAUAUCCUGAUCCGAAGAAAACUUGGAUUGGUGCAGUAGACCCAAAUUUUAAAUCACAGAGCAUUUGGAAGAGAUAUAUCUCCUCAAUUUACUGGUCUAUUGUAACAUUAACAACCACUGGUUAUGGUGACCUGCAUGCUGAAAACACAAUUGAGAUGGUAUUUGACAUCUUCUACAUGCUAUUCAAUCUUGGACUCACAUCCUACAUCAUUGGAAACAUGACAAACCUUGUUGUUAAUUGGACAAGUCGCACCAGAAAUUUUAGAGAUACAGUCAGGGCUUGUACUGAAUUCGCAGCACGCAAUCAACUUCCUCCACGAAUACAGGACCAGAUGCUGUCACAUGUAUAUCUGAAGUUCAAAACAGAAGGCUUAAAACAGCAAGCGACCCUAGACAAUCUGCCGAAAGCUCUACGAGCAAACAUUGCACAACAUCUUUUCUUCCCGAUCCUUCAGAAAGUUCCUCUUUUCUACAGAGUUUCUGGAAAUUUUCUUUUCCAACUGGUUUCUGAUAUGGAGGCUGAAUAUUUCCCACCCAGAGAAGAUGUCAUUUUACAGAAUGAAGCACCAACUGAUGUAUAUAUUCUCGUAACUGGUGCACUGGACAUGAUAACACACAUAAAUGGGCGUGAUCAGAUUAUUCAAAAGAUACUUCCAGGAGAUAUAGUUGGCGAGAUAGGAGUCCUGUGUAACAAACCACAACCAUUCACAGUUCGGACGAGAGAGCUCUCUCAGAUAUUAAGGCUGAAUAGAACUAUACUUACAAAUACUAUGCACGCAAACAAGGCAGACGGUCAUAUCAUUAUGAGCAAUCUAUUUUUGAAGGUCAAGACUUUAGAAAGCCAAGGGAUAUUGGAGCCUCAGAAAGUUUUGGAAUAUGUUUCCGGUGAAUUGUUUGAUGGCCCACAAAAAUGUAAGAUGUGCUCUGAUAAUGGUUCUGAAGCCCAAUCUUACGAGAAGGCCGCAGACAACUUGAAAAGUCAAGAAUCAACCACAUGUUGCAUGGAAAUUCAUGCAGUGGUCCAAGACAAUGAACCAAAGUUUUGUUCAACUAUCCAAGAUGACAACAUUGAUGCAAUUAAGAUUCAUUUGGAUGAAGACACUGACAUGCACUGGAGACAACCGGAUCCCUCACUGCAGCAAGGAGACAGAACUGUAUAUAACCAACAAAGAUGGUACCAAAGUAAAGAGUCAUGUGAUCGGAUUAACAUAGAGGUUGCUGAAGAGCAACCACACAGGCUCAGUAACAUCAUGCAGAGCAAUGUUUGCCAUUAUUGUAAUGAAGCAGUAGCCGAGAAGUCAAGAUCAAGUACAGAACAUUCCAGAGCCGCCAUUCCGAAAUGUAACAAUAAGAUUAGAGUCAUCAUUCAUAUGCAGUUUCAAAGCAGCUCUGUGGGGAAGCAGUUCGGCAAACUGAUUGUCCUACCUGAUAGUAUUGAAGAGCUGCUCAGCAUUGCAGGCCAAAAGUUUGGAGGAUGCUUCACGAGUAUCAUCAACACAGAAAACGCAGAAGUAGAAGACAUUGGCGUCAUUAGAGAUGGAGACCAUUUAUUUUUCCUGCAAUGACAGUGAAAAUCCAGAGUUCGAAGCAAUUUAGCUGUACGAGUAGACUGCAGAUUUGCAAAUAACGCAACUCUUCAGACCUUCCGUUAAAGUUUUGUAAGAGAAUUUGAAAAAGUGUAUCAUAAAACGAAUAGGAUAAUCUGACAGCGAACUUGCAGUUGAAGUAUAAUAAAGUUACUGGACACAAUGAAGUUGAAGGGGGGCUCCUUAUUCAUGUGUUUAACCUAGUAGGGGAUUGUUAGCUUGAUCCGAAAACCUCUCCCUUACAUAGGUAAUAUUGUGAAAUUUACAAUAGCAAACUAGCAGUUUGAGAUUUACAACCAUUAGUACAUUGCGAAUUUGCAGCAAACUACUGCUUCCUCCGUUUCUUAAUAAGUGCAACAUAGACAAAGUGGGGGAAUACCAAGGAAUGUAGAGAGAGAAAGUUGGGACCACAAUAAAGUAGAUUAAUUGAAAUGAUGAAAUAAAAAAGUUGUGGUCCCCUCUUGCUUUUAGGUGGCAUAUUUGUAAUAAUAUUGAACUUUUUUUACCA